AUGUAUUCCGAGGUAGCAUUUCUGAGACCAGAAGAAGCAGACUACAGUGCCUUUGGUACAGACACACUAAUAAAGAAGAAGAAUGUUUUAACCAAUGUGUUGCUUCCUGACAACCAUAGAAAAAAGCCACACAUAGUCAUUAGUAUGCCCCAGGACUUCAGACCUGUGUCUUCUAUUAUAGACGUGGAUAUUCUCCCAGAAACACAUCGUAGGGUCCGUCUUUACAAAUAUGGCACUGAGAAACUCCUAGGGUUCUACAUCCAGGUCGGCUCCAGUGUCAUGGUGACACCCCAUGGCUUAGAGAAGGUCCCAGGGAUCUUUAUAUCCAGAUUUGUGCCAGGAGGUCUGGCUCAAAGCACAGGACUAUUAGCCGUUAAUGAUGACGUUUUAGAAGUUAAUGGCAUAGAAGUUUCCGGGAAGAGUCUAGAUCAAGCAACUGAAAUGAGGAUUGCAAACAGCCACAACCUCAUCAUCACAGUGAGCCCAGCAAACCAGAGGAAUAACGUCAUUAGGAACAGUCGGACUCCCGGCAGCUCUGGCCAGUCUACUGACAACAGCCUUCCUGGCUAUCCACAGCAGAUCGAACCGAGCUUUGAGCCAGAGGAUGAAGACAGCGAUGAAGAUGACAUUAUUACUGAAGACAAUGGUGUGCCACAGCAGAUCCCUAAGGCUGUUCGUAACACUGAGAGCCUGGAAUCAUUAACACAAAAAGAACUCAGUUUUGAAUCUGGACAGAACGGUUUUAUUCCUUCUAAUGAAGUGAGCUUAGCACCCUUAGCAAGUGGCACAAAUACAGAAUUUGAAACGCGUGCUCCAGAUCAAAAACUCUUAGAAGAUGGAACAAUCAUAACACUAUGA